UAAAAGUCGGACCCGGAGCUGAAGCUGUGACCUUCACUAUCGCUGCUCUCGUCCGUCCGUUUCAGAAAGCUUCUCGGCAGCAGCACAAGUCUACUUCCUCUAGAGCAUCAGGGCUUCACAGUUCGCCAGCAUUUUGUUCCCCCCUCCCCCUCCCCCCUGUGUUUUCUUCUUGUUUGGUUGCAUUUUUUGAUCGGAUGAUGCAACAGCCUGCUGAUAGCUGCUUUCUAUGUGCCUCCUUUCAUGGCAGCUUGCCAGCAAGCCACACAACUUGAUGGUGAGUUGAUUUUGGUGAUUUCUUCUCCAUGGCAGAUUUGAACAUCUACUGAAAAUGGGCUACACUACAAUUGCGUCCGAUUAGUGAUGGCCGAAGUCAGUUGAGGCGACUUUGGGAAGCGGAGCCUGAAGGUGCGGUCUUGGAACGUUCUUCCGUCAAAGCAGGCAGAGCACCCCGGCGGAGAUUUCCUCCUAACUAGAGAUGGUUUGUUCUGUAAUGGGGGUAAGGUUGAACACUGGUUUCCCCCCACUCUUCCUCCUCCUCCUUUCCUUCCACGUCGACCAUGCAUUGGACACCAACUUCUACCUUGCAAGCACAUGCAAAGGCACCAAUUACACGACCGGAAGCAAGUUUGAAGCCAACAUGGGCAGGGUCUUCUCCACCAUGACAAACGAUGCCCCUUCCGUUGGCUUCUCCCAUGCCAUCGCGGGCGAAGGAUCGGAAAGGGUUUAUGGCCUAGUUCAGUGCAGGGGCGAUAUGGGUCCGGAUGAGUGUAGGGUGUGCAUCUCUAAUGCCACCAAAUAUAUCAUCGGAUACUGUCCAUACAGUAUGGAUGCCAGUGUAUGGUAUGAAAAGUGCCAGCUGCGCUACUCUAACACCAACUUCUUUGGUCUCCUAAAUUUUGUUGAUUAUGGGAGUUGGAUUUGGGUGUCUGAUCAAGUGACGGACUCAGUCUUCCACGAGAAGUUGGAGAGUCUGCUGAAGAAUCUGAGUUCUCUAGCGACAACAGAGCCUUCAAGGUUCAUGUUUGCCACGGGCGACAUCCCGUACACUGAUCUACAGACGAUCUACGGUCUGGUGCAGUGCACCAGGGACACCAGCUUCGCUGAUUGCAAUCAGUGUUUGAAUCACACCAUCUUGCAACUCCCAUCCAUUUGUGGCGAUGCACACGGAGGUGAAAUUGCCACGGGAAGCUGCCGUGUGAGGUACGAUACGCUGCUGUUUUAUGAUGCUGCAACAACUCCAACCCCAUCUGUUCCGGGACCUCCGUCAGAUUCAAGCCCAAGCCCAUCUCCUCCACCCAAUUCAGCACCUCCAUCAGAUUCAAUCCCAAGCACAUCUCCUCCGCCCAAUUCAGCACCUCCAUCAAAUACUGCAUCCAACAGUACUAUGUCAGAGAAGGCGAACCACUCAAGCGACACAUCUGUGGUUAUAAUCACCGUCCUCACUUUUUCCUUGACGACUACAUAUCUACUCACAACGCCGUCCUGGUUAAGUCAUAUUCCAUUCGUUUGAGCAGAUUAUAAGUGUAUGUCGUGUGGCUUUUUCAUGUGUGAUCUGUCAGUGUAUUUCGUUGUUCUUUUUUGUUGUUGCCAACAGCACUUCCGCAGACUCCGGUUGUUAAUGGUUGGUUCUCACCGGAAUCGCCUCGUCUUCCUAAAUGUCCAAGCAUCGUUUACGUUAGCAUCAUUCGACUUUGUGUAUUGUUUCUGGUUAAUCUUUAGUUUAACAGAUGUUAUAGACUUUCGAUCUCAUAAUGUAUGGUCAUUGGGUGUGUCCAAUUCCAAAGGGGCCCAAUUGGAUUGUGCAUCCUUCGAAAAUUUCACUGGGUUCGUAUUAAUUUGGUGAAUUGCGUAUAUCAAUCUUUCUCA